AUGAUUGAUUUAGAGAGCAUGGUUAAAGCUCUGAGAUUGGCAUGGCUUAAACGAAUAUUUAACGCAAAUGAUGGAACAUGGAAGCGGUACUUACAACACCAAUUGAAAACAUUUGGAGGACUGUUCUUUUUAAAUUGUAACUAUGAUGUUAACGAUUAUAAAAUCACUUCCCAGUUUUAUCGAGAGCUUCUUCUAUGGUGGUCACAAUUUCGUGAAACUUUCGCUACAGACUUGAAUCGGACAAAUAAUAUUUGGAAUGAUAAAGAAAUUAGAAUAGAUAAAAAGCCUAUCUAUUACAAAAAAUAUUUUGACUCCGGAAUCACUUACAUCCACGAUCUCCGGCUCGAUUUGAAUAUUAAUGAUUCCUUCAGUUAA